AUGGCAACCAUGCGUGCAAUCGAUAUCAAGAAUGGCAAAGGCCCGAUCGAGAGCAUGUUCAUGAACGACAUAGCACUACCAAAAAUUGACCAUGCGAAAGCUCUGGUCAAGGUUAAGGCUUUUGGUCUGAACAGAAUGGAUCUAAUGCAAAGGGAAGGCCUUUAUCCUUUACCACCGCAAGCUCCAGCAACUAUGGGAGUAGAAUUCUCUGGUACCAUCGAAGAUAUUGCUAGUGAAGGAGAAACGGGCUUCAAGAAAGGCGACGCUGUUUUCGGCCUCGCAUACGGAGGCGCUUAUGCUGAAUACAUCGCCGUAAGCACGCACAUGCUCAUGCAUAAGCCUGAAAACUUGACCCAUGAACAAUGUGCUGGUAUUCCGGAGACUUGGAUCACAGCCACGCAAGCACUCUUCCUCAUCGGUGAAUUCGAGCCUGGUAAGUCUGUGUUAUGGCAUGCAGGAGCCUCCGCAGUCAGCAUAUCUGGGCAGCAGUUGAGCAAAGGGAACGAUGCAUCCAGGGUGUUCGCCACUGCUCGGAGUGAUGAUAAGGUCGAUUUCUGUGUCAAGGAACUGGGUGCAACCGCGGCUUACAACACUGAAACCACAAACUGGUCACAGGAAGUGCUGAAGGCAACAGAUGGAAAGGGUGUCGAUAUCAUCGUGGACUUCAUAGGACCUGCGACUUUCGCCGGCAAUCUGGAGUGUAUUGCGAGGGAUGGCAGAAUCGUCAAUUUGGCAUCGCUGAGCGGCAUGAAGUUGACACCGGAAAUGGCACAGCCUGACUUCGGCAAUUUCUUCCGUAAGCGUUUGAGGAUCGAAGGCAGUGGGCUACGAAGCAGGGACGAGACAUACCAAGGCAAGCUCCGUGACUCUCUGCAUGAUCAUGCGUUACCAAAAUUCGUGGAUGGUUCGUUCAAGAUUCUGAUCGAGAAGGUCUUCCCGUGGGAGCAGAUCCAGGACGCACAUCGACUGAUGGAGUCCAAUAAGACCAAGGGCAAGAUCAUAUGUACCAUAUCCUAG